AUGCCCUCUGACGCCUCUAGCCCUAGCACGCUGUCCAGCCCCUCCUCUGACACCGGACGCUCUGACGGACCACCCAAUACCACCACGCAGGAUGUCCCUGCCUACCUAGUAAGACGCCUGGAUACCGGGGUAUACGAACAUCUGGAACAAGCUAUCGAGGCAAUGGGAAAGGCGGCUCUGGGCUUCAACGACAUAACAACGGACUUCAACCUGCAAGACGGACAGUGGAACAACGGCCACCAGCACUACAUCGACAACAAUGGCAAUCGUUUCACUGCAAACGUCCCUAUUACCGACGACACCAAUAUAAAAAACGUGCUGGUAAUCGGCGAGCCUGGCGAUGCAGCGCGUUUCGACAAACUCCACGCUUUUUGGCACAACCAACUAGUUACGCUCCAGGACGUAGGGAGGUUCGACGAAGAGCGAGAAGAAGAUGACAAAAACAACCAUGACACUCGAUUCAGGAUUAACAACUGGCUCAGGCCCCCGAGAGGGGAUGCUCGUGAGGACCGCAACCUCAUUGCGCUGACAAUUUCGCCGGCCAAAUAUGUGAAACCUGACAGGAAAGACAAAGCAGUCAAAACUCCGUUCCGUCUGGGCUUGAGCAAGGUCAAAGUCGAAUGCAGUGACAAGGCGUCGAUAUCUUCGAAUGGCAAUAAUGACGAUGUGAUUAUGCAAGAAGACCAUGAUGUGCCACCUUCCUUCCCCCCCGAUAUAAAGCUCGGAGCGACAUACAACCCCAGGCUUCUUCCGGACUACAGCCGACCGCUCUAUCAGCUCAAGACUGCGAGACUGACUCAGCCCGACAUUGUGGACGUCAACGGCAAGCUUAUCCCACCGUGGCUGCUGCACGACAAGCUUCGGCCUGGUACGCUUAUUGUCGCGAACGUUGAACUAGUGGUCUGGGUGUUCAAAAAGGGCAAGGAAAUAUCAAAGACCUAUCAAGUUGUCGCGCACAAGAUCAAGGUCGUUGAUCCCUCUGAUGCUCCCGCAGAGAUCCCGGCUCCUGGAAAUCUGAAACCGAAGCCAGAUGCUGCCACACCCAUGACGCCUUCAGCUCAAUCAAAAGAUCAUUCGACGAAUUCAUGA